GCUCUCUCGAUUUGCCUCUCACCCAGCGCAGAGAGAACUCGUGCCUGGGAGACUGAAAGGGUGGCCCCCUUUCUCCCCAAGCUCCAGAGCUAAACAUUGGGACUGGCGAGGGGUGGUGACCCCUGGGAGGUCCUUGGUUUCUCUGUCUCCCGGGCUAGCUAUCCCCAUAGACAUUGGAUUGGGAGGAGAGUAGACUGCCCCGUCAACUGUUAUCUAGCUAGACCCAGCACCAGGAGGCAAGGACAGCCCUGUGCACUGCUUACCCACCCUCAGAGCUCUAGCGUUGGGAGAAAUAAGGGACAUGAAUUGCUAUAGCGCUGGUGCUGCUCCUUCUUCACAGUUAGUGGGAAUAGCCUUGGCUGAAGGGAGGGGCUGUCCCCAUGCCUGCCUGAAAAAACAAGGAUUGUGGGAGAGACUCGGCAGAGAUAGAAGUGCAAGGGUAGAGCAAACGAGCGGGACCAGGAUUUGGGUUUUAACCAGUUCUUGGUUUCGGUGCACCCUCUUACUGAGUGGAAUAGCACAGUUUGUGUGUUUGGAAGGGGGUUGUUUUAGACUUACCAUGCACACUUUUUGAUAAUAGGUAUUUUUACAUGUUUUGUUUUUUCUUCUAAUGUAUUUUUCUUCUACCAUCCUAUCAUGGCUCUGUUUGUCCCUCUUUCUCCUUCUCUCUGGUGUGAUAUUAAGAUGUUUUAAUCAUUUCUGAUGCUUCUGGAUGCAGAGGAGGAUUCUUCAGUUCGUAGCCCAGGUUCUAAUCAUGAUGCUGAUCUCUCUACAGUAGCUAGCGUUUACUGUAGCCCACAAGAUACCCCCACUAUUUAUUUUCCUCAGCCAGUGUUUCAACUUGUGCUUAGCAUAAUGUCUCAGAACAAAUUCUAAAUUCCCACUUUUGAUUUUAUCAUGGAUAUGGAUUCUAUUUGCCAUUUUUAAACAACUAAUUGGUAAGUAUUUGAAUUUACAUUCACCAAACUGGGUUUUGGGGUAGCAUACAGUCCUUUUGCUGACACUUUCAGGUAGGGUAAAGUUUCACAAUAUCAAAUCCAAGUUAUUUGCUCUGCUAAAGUGCUUAUGGUACUCUAAACUAAAUGAAUUGUGAAGGUAUGAAAGUUCUCUACUUUUGUUAGGUACAUAGGAAUAUUGGAAUCUAAGUGCCCCUACUUUAACUUCUUUGUGAAUAACAAAGAUGUAGAAUAAUGUAUGUAGAAUAGUGCACACACAUCCAUGUUGGAUCACUGUCGAGCCAGGGGCAGAUUGUUUGAUUGGAUAAUGAAUCUAGCCAUAGUAUCACCGUAUGUCAGGAACUAUUUUAGCAUAGCAGAGUGCCUUUAGUCUACAGUGAGCUGAUGAUUGGGCAUGGUAACAUUGUUCUACAACGUCAUCAUGGAUUAGGCUACCAGGUAACACAUGAUUUGGCCUCUGUGUGUGUCACACUAACUCUGCCCAUCAAGUGUGUGUUCAAUAGCAUCUGGGUGGUGUUUCUAAAACCUGUUAUAUCAUGUCCAUUAGUCUGGCUAACACACAACUCUCAAAGUCCUCCUGACUUCAGUCUGGAAUGGCUCUUUGAUGUCGACACAAUGCUUCGAUAAUGAAGAGGGCUGUGCUUUUACUUGUUGGUUCUCUUCCGUAUUAUUCUCACUCAAACACCCACAUGCAUGGCCACACAGCCCCCCGAGCGCUGCCCCUUCCAUUACAAUGGUGGUAUUUUAAAAACAACGAGAGGUCUCGACCUCUGAGGGGAAAAAAUAACAUUUGAUUGAACCAAUCAAAGCCAUCGCUCAAUUUCUGAGUGAAUAUUGCAUUAACGGCCUUCUUUCCAGACCAGUGUACAACAGCUGUCCCUGUGCUGUGAGUCAUGUGGGUCAUGCCAGCCAGGCUACAUUUCCCCCUCACAAAGCCAAUCCCUCUUUAUGUUUUUGUAUUGGGGUGAGUCUUGUUUGGGUGUUGUUUUUAAAAUACUGUUAUUAGUUGUAGAUUUAUUUCCCCCAGGAUACCUUUGCCUUACAUUCCCCACUCUGCUCAGGGCAUUGAAGGACUUUUACUACAUUGUCAAUUGUUUCCCCCAAUGUUGUUGAAGAGACACACAUACUUAUUAAAACACAUUUAAGAUCUAUCAAAAAGCAGGGUCGUUUGUUGAUAUAGAUUGCCCUUGUCCUAAAGAGUCAGAGUAUGACCAUGUUAUACACCAUCACACAUCCUUUUUAAAGUUGUAAUCAUCCCUAUGCACUGAAAACUUUGUUUAUUGUAUGGAUGAUCUUGCUGGAUGUUAAAGUUAUUACAAAAUUGCUGUAGAGGAGCAUCAACAAUUGGUUUGAGCAGCAUGAUGCAUCCCUAAUAAAACACAUUUCUCUAGGCCCUGUUCAGGAGGGUGCAAUGUUACAGAACGUUCAGAUAGAAAUGUAUUGUGUAGAACUAAUACAGUGGUAUUUCAAGUAGAGGAUUGGAAUUGUCUGCACUAUAUGUUACAUUUCUAUUUGUAACAUUUGUUGAGUCUCCCCUCAUUGAAUACAGCCCUAGUAUCUAUUGUCAACCCACAAAGUGGGACGUUUCAAAGGGCUUCCAAUAGUUGAGCACAAACAGAACGCUGCUCUGAAAGUGCUCUGCUCAGCUCACUCCCUCAAUCUGAUGUUGAAAGGUGGUGUGAAAUUGUUUUUAGAUUGUCUUCUAACAGAGAAAUGUAACAAAAAAUACAUUUAUAUUAUCAAUAAAACUAAACAGCAAAGUUGUGCUCUGUGAACAGAAAAGUUCCUAUCAAAUCUAUAAAUUUCAGGAGAAACCUAGCCUUCUAUCAGGUAACCUAAACCAUGGCAUCUGCUAGUACUCUGUACACUAGACAAAACAAUAAACCUUCUUUGUACCUUCUCAAUGUUUGCAAUACCAGGCUUUUUUCACUGAGGGUGUCUGUACUGAACUGAUCUGUGUAAAUCUGUUACCCGCUGCCCCUCCAUGUAUAAAAGCCCCUGUGCAACGGCUCAGUAGUACUACUUGUAUUUUGGUUGUUUGAUUGUAUAUCGUAUGUUAAGUGACCAUUGUCUGUAUUACUUUUUAGGUGAAAUCAUGUUUGUCUUUUUUCUUAUGUCACCAUUCUUGUAAACAUCUCUUUCUGUCUGCAAUUAUUUAUCUCAUGUUAUCCUGACUAUAACACAGUAUCACCAAAAUUAAAGUACUUUUAAUUAUUUUCAGAUUUAUAUUGAGUAAAGUGUAUGUAAGAUGUUGUGACUGUAAUGUAAGCAAAAUACAAAGCAAAUACAAUUUAUACAGUUCUGUAAAAAAAAUGUUUUCUCAAUCUUUGCACUAAAUUGCAGUCAUAAUUUACUAAUUACAUAGAAUAGGGCGAUCAGAUAUUGUCAUAUUUCUGAUAAGCCAAUUUUCAGAUGUCUGAUUGUUUUAGACAGUAACAUGAAGUUGAUUUUGUACGUGAUUGAUGCUAUGCUUUAACACUACACUGUAAUUGUAACACUUAGAUGUGUAAGAUAUUUGACAGAAGUCCCGCAUUUCUCGUGUUUUUCCCACAUUGCUUUGCUGUGUAUAUAAUGCGCAUGCACGAGUUUUUUUCGCUUCCCUUUUAUGAAGAGAAGAGAAGAGCGAGUGAGUAUCUGGCAAGUCAUAUGAACAUAACCUGAAGAUUGUCGCCCUUGUUGGCGAGAUAACAUAGCAUUUGAGGCAUAUCUCCGAUUUAUAGUAAAUGUCGUUCGAUACACUCACAGGAUGGAUGACAAAAUGAUACAGGACACGUGAUCCAACAGAAUGGUCUCUUCAGUGCUGAGCAACAAUACACUGCUUUGCAAUAGGAGUGCCCUGGGCGGUCUCAUGUUUUCAUAGUAAAUUGACUACAAAGAUGGCACUGGAUUCCUUGUGAAACUACAGUACAAAUGUAUAUGAGCAUUUCCUAUCCCUUUGUCCAAUGACAAAUGUUUGGGGAAAACACUACAAAGUAUGUAAUUUUGAGUGACUGAUUAUUUCAGAAAUGUGUUUUGUCUGAGUGUUGUCUUGAAUAGAACAUUAUGGAAUUGAAUUUCUUGUGCCAGUUAAGGUUUCACAAACUCAAUUGAAAUGCAUCUAGGGAAUUGUAUUGUUAAAUUCAGUUGCUUUGCUAGUAAAUCAAGGUACGUUUUUUUUUUGUUGGAAAAGGUUAACUAUGGUAGCAUGAGAUGUUGAGUGGCCAGGACCAACGUUUGCAUACACACAAUACUAUGCAAUGAGAGGAAAUGCAAAAUGCAGCUUUCCUUACAAUGUUACUAUGGACUAAUUCACUUUAUUCAGAGACUUUUGUCUGAUGCAACAUGGUGAAAUGUUAAUAUAUAUAAAUCAUGUAGAUUCCAAUAAUGAAGUUGGCAGGGGGUGCACUCUAGUGUGAAGUAUGCAAAAAUUGUGUUUGCUACACAUAAUGUACAGUAGGCCUACAGCGAAUGAGUUAAUGCAUGUGAUUGAACAUAUGGUCUACACCACAGGUGUCAAACUCAUUCCACGUGGGGCCGAGUGUCUGUGGGUUUUCGCUCCUCCCUUGUACUUGAUUGAUGAAUUAACAUCACUAAUUAGUUAGGAACUCCCCACACCUGGUUGUCUAGGGCUUUAUUGAAAGGAAAAAACAAAAACCUGCAGACACUAGGCCCUCCGUGGAAUGAGUUUGACACCCCUGGUCUACACAGUACAAAAUGGUCAAGCCACGUUCCCCGGAAGUGCCUGAAGAAGGGGGCGAUUAUAUUGGUCCCGUGAAUAUUUGUGGGUGAUUGUGCUGGGUUGAUGGAGGCGAAGACCAAUUAGCGUCACCGCAGCAACAUUAAGACUUCCGCGGUUACGAUUUUGUCUUCAAAAUAAACGUGGAAACGUAUAUGAUGCGAAAUAAAUCAUUUUUGCGGCUUUGCAUAAUGUUAAAUUACAACUACAUCGGGGGAAAAUCUCAACUAAAGACAUUUACUAUAUAUGAGAUAAAUAGUAUAAGGUGGAGCACAUUUUGACAUGGUUGUAGCUUAAGUAAAUUAAUAUAAAGAAAAUAUUCUACAGACCGUACUCAUCUAGCAUUAGUCGACUAUAUUGAACAAAAAUAUAAAUGCAACAUGUCCCAUAUUUCAUGAGCUAAAAUAAAAGAUCCCAGAAGUUUUCCAUGAGCACAAAAAGCUUCACGUCUCUGUUAGUGAACAUGUAUCUUUUGCCAUCCACCUGACAGGUGUGGCAUGUCAAGAAUCUUAUUAAUAAACAGCAUGGUCAUUACGCAGGUGCACCUUGUGCUGGGGGACAGUAUAAAGCCACUAAAAUGUGCAGUUUUGUCACAUACCACAAUGCAACGGAUGUCUCAAGUUUUGAGGAAACGUGCAGUGGGCAUACUGGACUGCAGGAAUGUGCCCCAGAGCUGUUGCCAGAUAAUUUAAUGUUAAAUUAUCUACCAUAAGCUGCCUACAAUGUUGUUUUAGAGAAUUUGCAGUACAUCCGACUAGCCUCACAACUGCAGACCACGUGUAACCACGCCAGCCCAGGACCUCCAUGUCCGGCUUCUUGUAUUCCACAAUAUUUUGGCAUUGUAGCCAAUGUAAAAGGCCAGCAACACUUAGUAUUAUUCAGAGCCCUGUGAAAUGACACCAUAUAGAUUCUACAGACCCUACUGAGUACUCCCCACCCCACUUUUACAUUGACACAAAUACAUGUUUUCCUGUACAGUGGUAUCUAUAUUUGUACCUAAUACAGUGUCCAGGCACCUCCUUUUAAGCUGUUUGACCACAGUAAAUGGCAAGCAGCACUCCAUAUUAUUCAGAGCCCCAUGAAAUAACACCAUAUAUAGAUUUUAAAAACCUUAUUGAGUAUUCCAACCCCACUUUUACAUCACUUUUACAUCGGCACCUAGAAUACUUUUUUGCUCUAUAAACCAAUAUUUAUUCAAUAUCCAGUGAUUUGCAUUGGGGUUAUUUAUUUGACCUUGGAACAUGUUUUAAAACUCACAUUUAAUGCAAAUGGCACUUAAAUAUGAACAAAUAUUAGUCAUUGUUUACGUUUAGACAAUAAUUGUACAUAAAUCAUUAAUAAUACAGGAUAAUGACACUUUUAUACUAUUACGUGGGGGAUUUUUCUUCUGAAAAUGUCCGAAAUUCCGUGACCCAGAAGUCCUUUCUCAAUGUUGCUGACGAGACACUGAUUGGAGUUGGGACGUGGAAUUUCAGUGAAUCUGCAGCCCAGAGCUAUUGCCUUCUCGCAAAUAAUAAUACAAUAAGAAAAGGGAACAAACGAGUGAUCACAGUAUUUGUCGUCUGUCUGUACUGUAUAUGUGUGCUCAUGUUAUAAGAGCGAACAGAAUUUAGAAGAUGAAGCUCAAAGAGAUCAACCGCACAGCUAUCCAGAGCUGGAGCCCAGCACAGCACCAUCCUGUGUACCUGGCAGCAGGUACAUCAGCCCAGCAGCUGGAUGCCUCUUUCAGUACCACUGCCUCUCUGGAGAUCUUUGAGCUGGACCUGGCUGAGCCUUCUCUGGACAUGAAGCUCCGCGGAGCAUACUCCUCCUCUCACAGAUACCACACGCUAGCGUGGGCUCCCCACGGCAUGGAUGCAGAGGGUCUCCCGUCCGGAGUGCUCAUUGCAGGGGGCGAGAAUGGUGAUGUCAUCUUGUACGACCCGGCCAAGAUCAUUGCUGGAGACAGUGAUGUUGUCAUCGCUCAGAGCGACAAACACAUCGGGCCGGUCAGGGCCCUUGAUGUCAACUCCUUCCAGACCAACCUGGUUGCUUCAGGAGGUAACGAAUCAGAGAUCUACAUCUGGGACCUGAACAACUUUGGCUCCCCGAUGACACCAGGCCCUAAAACUCAGCCUCUGGAGGACAUCAGCUGUGUGGCGUGGAACAGACAGAUCCAACACAUCCUGGCUUCAGCCAGCCCCAGCGGCCGCGCCUCCAUCUGGGACCUCCGCAAGAACGACCUCAUCAUCAAAGUCAGCGACCACAGCAACAGGAUGCACUGCUCUGGGCUGGAGUGGAACCCAGAGGUAGCUACUCAGCUGGUGCUGGCCUCAGAGGAUGACCGGAUGCCAGUGAUCCAGAUCUGGGACCUGCGUUUCACCGCUUCCCCUCUCAAAGUCCUGGAGAACCACACACGGGGUGUCCUGGCCAUCGCCUGGAGUUUGGCUGACCCUGAGCUGCUACUGAGCUGUGGGAAAGACAACAGAAUCCUCUGCUGGAACCCCAAUACUGCAGAGGUGCUGUAUGAGUUGCCUACCAGUACCCAGUGGUGCUUUGACAUCCAGUGGUGUCCCAGGAACCCAGCGGUGCUGUCGGCAGCAGCCUUCGACGGACACAUCAGCGUCUACUCCAUCAUGGGGGGCAGCAGCCAGACACAGGCAGACACAAUCAGCAUGUUGUUUGGCACCGUGGAUCCGUUUGGAAUAGGCCAGACCCUGCCCCCCCUGCAGCUUCCCCAAGCCUCCCCCUACACCAUCACCCCCCUCAAAAAGCCCCCCAAGUGGAUCCGCAGGCCCGUGGGGGCCUCCUUCGCUUUUGGUGGUAAGCUCGUGUCGUUGGAGAACAUUAAGCCCAGCCCCCAGCACCCUCAGCAGCCCACGGCCCAUGUGGUUCACGUCAGUCAGGUGAUCACCGAGACGACCUUCCUGGAGCGCUCGGCCCAGCUGCAGGCCACGCUGGCUGCAGGCAGCUUCACUGACUUCUGCAAGGAGAAGAUCGAUGCUGCCCAAAACGAGUUCGACAAGACCGUCUGGUCCUUCUUAAAGGUGAACUUUGAGAAUGAUUCUCGUGGAAAAUACCUGGAGCUUUUAGGAUACAAGAAGGAGGAGCUAGCAUCAAAGAUUGCAGCAGCAUUAAAGGGAAAACCUAUUCAGCCUGAGGAGGUACAGCCCCAGCUACAGCCUGUACCUGACCUCACCAACCUGCAGCCAGUACCCGGCUUUGUCCCGAUGCCAUCAGUCCCCACCCUGCAGCCUCUAGCCGACCCUGGACGACUCCGCUCUGCCGACCUUCCACCUGAUGACGCAUUUGACCUCAUCGCUGGUACAAAUCUCCAUCCAGCACUGGAACUGGAACUCAAACCUGCUCCAGAACCGGAAGAUCCGUUUGACCUCAUCGCUGCUGCAAACCUCAAGCAAAUAGCGGAACUGGACGUGACCAAGUCCCUGGAACCAGUGGAAGCAGAAGUGGACCUGACAGAGUCUCUGGAAGCAGAAGUGAACCUGGCAGAGUCUCUGGAAGCAGAAGUGAACCUGGCAAGGGAUUUGGCCCUUGAGGCUGAAGCUGAGCCCAAGGCCCAGGAAGAGAUGCCAGUAUUAGAAGAGAUUCCUCUGGAGGAGGAGGAGGCAGCACCAGUGGAAGUAGAGGCCAGCCUCCCUGAGGAAGCACCAGAACCAGCUCCAGUCCAAGAGGGCGUUAACCUCGGUGUCAGUCAAGGUAUGGACGGCCUGAUCACCCAGGCCCUGCUGACCGGGGACUUCGAGGGCGCCGUGGAACUCUGUCUCCAUGACAACCGCAUGGCCGACAGCAUCAUCUUGGCCAUCGCUGGAGGGGCGGAGCUUCUGGAGAAAACACAGAGGAAGUACUUCACCAAGACUCCCAGCAAGAUUACCAAGCUGAUCAGUGCAGUGGUGAUGAGGGACUGGCGUGAUGUGCUGCAGACCUGUGAGCUGCAUAACUGGAAGGAGGCUCUGGCUGCAGUCAUGACCUACGCCCAGCCUGAUGAGUUCUCCUCUCUGUGUGACCUGCUGGGCUGCCGACUGGAGGCUGUGGAGGACAACAUGCUGCAGGCUCAGGCCUGUCUGUGUUACAUCUGUGCUGGGAACUUGGAGAAACUGGUGUCCUGCUGGACCAGAGCACAGGACAGACACUGCCCUCUGUCUCUGCAGGACUUGGUAGAGAAGGUGGUGGUGCUCCGCAAGGCGGUAGAGCAGACCCAGGAGUCUGGUCCCUCUGCUGUGGGGCUUCUACUGGGGGAGAAGAUGAGUCAGUAUGCCAGCCUGCUGGCCUCCCAGGGCAGCCUCACCACCGCCAUCGCAUACCUGCCACAGAACACAAAGCAGGUUGCGGUGCAGCAGCUGCGUGACCGUCUCAGCAGAGCUCUGGGCCAACAGGCUCUAGCUACAGCCCCGGCUCCAGUAGCCCAGGGCCAGCCCCAACCCCCAACCCCCUUCUUCGCCCCCCAGCCCACCGAUGCCCAGUCCAGGCAGCUCUUCACCCCUGCCCAGCCUCCUAUGGUGCCCCAGCUGCCCGCUCCAGCACCAGCCCGUGUACCCGUCGCUGCCCUCGCAACACAUCAGUUUUACCAGCCGGUGAGGUCUGCCUCUACAGUGACCUCCUGGAGUAACCAAACUCCCACAGCUCUCCCCAGUGUCCCUCCUUCUCUAGGCCCUGUCACCACAGAGUCCAAGGCUGAGCCGACACCCCCCAUGUAUGGGACGCCUCCCCCUGGGUCAGCUGCCCCCCCAGCCUCCUCGGCCGCCGCAUACCCCCCCAUGUUCUCACAUCAGUACCAGUCCUUCCCUCCCGCCAGCCAGUACAACCCUGGCACUGGUGGCCCAGCUAUCUAUUCACCUCUUCAGUACUCUGCUCCUCCUCCUCCCUUCUCACCUCAAGCCCCAGCUCCAGGGUUCAUGCCCCAGUACACUCAACAACCCCUCUACCAGCCUCCUACCAUGGGCCAGCCUCUGUCUUCCGCUCCUCCUUCUCAUCCUCAUUUCUCUCCUACUUCCUCCUUCUCUCCUCCACUGUCCUCUGGAGCGUUUUUCCAACAUGGCGGGCCGGGGUCGCCUGCCUCGUACAUGCUGCCUCCUCCACCAACCGGAUCGUCAGAAGGAUAUAAUCCAGACAGUACCUGUUUCAUGGAAGGCCCUCAGAACGGCUGGAACGACCCUCCUACCCUGAGCAGAGUGCCGAAGAAGGUUCCAGAGAACUACAGUCCUCCUGCUCCCAUCUUUUCCCCCCUGGGUGCCGGGGACCCCCAGUCCCAGCAGCCCCCCCAGUCCAUGGCCCCAGGCCAAGCCCAGAACCAGGCCCCAUACCAGGGCAUGCAGCAACAGCAGAUGGUCCCCCCACCCAUGAACCCUGGCAUGCCCAAGACACAUGGAGGGAAUGUGGAGGGAGCGCCCGGAGCCCCUACUGCAGAUGUCAUACAGGCAUUUCCGCUGCAGUCCAUCCCUGCUGAGCAGGUCACAAAGAAGCCCAUCCCUGAGGAGCACCAGGUCCUGAAGAACACCUUUGAGGGCCUCAUUCAGAAGUGCUUGGUUGCUGCCGCAGACCCCCAAACCAAGAGGAAGCUGGAUGACGCCAGCAAGCACCUUGAGGCCCUCUACGACAAGCUACGAGAGCAGACACUCUCUCUGGCCAUCGUACGAGGCCUACACAACAUGGUGCAAUGCAUCGAGUCUCGCUCCUACAUGGAGAGCCUCAACAUCCACACACACAUAGUGAGUAGCAGCAACUUCAGCGAGACGUCUGCCUUCAUGCCUGUGCUCAAGGUGGUGCUGACACAAGCCAACAAACUGGGGGUCUGAGCAGGAGGAGAGACCCUCCCCCACUCCUCUGAGUCUGGGGUGAGAUGGAGAAGGAUUGGGCAGGGAUUGAUGAUGUCAUAAAAAAAAGACCAGAAAGUCAAUUUGUGAGCCAGGUGGUUUUUUGUUGUUGUACUUUUUACCCCUUUUUUUCUCUCCAACUGGUAGUUACAGUCUUGUCCCAUCUCUGUAACUUCCGUACGGACUCGGGAGAGGCGAAGGCCGAGAGCCAUGCGUCCUAUGAAACACCACCCUGCCAAGCUGCGCUGCUUCUUGACACACUGCUCGCUUAACCCGGAAGCCAGCCGCACCAAUGUGUCGGAGGAAACACUGUACACCUGGCGACCAGUGUCAGCUUGCAGGCGCCUGGCCCACCACAAGGAGCCGCUAGAGCGCGAUGGGACAAGGAAAUCCCGGCCUGCCAAACCCUUCCCUAACCCAGACGACGCUGGGCAAAUUGUGCGCGGCCUCAUGGGUCUCCCGGUCACGGCCAGCUGUGACACAGCCUCGGAUCGAACCGGGGUCUGUAGUGACACCUAGACCGCUGCGCCACUCAGGAGGCGCGAGCCAGGUGUUUUAAUCAGCUCAUUUUAGUGGAAGUUCCAUUUGGCUCAGUGCAGAUAUUCUACUUCCUCAAGAAUCAUGAGAUUUAUGACAUCACUGUUGGAUUCUUCAUCCCAUUCCAGACGCUGAGUCCCCUCCUCCCCUUUUACAACUUGAACACAAGCCAUGCCACCAGUAUCACAACAGUACAGUAGACAUAUGAGGGAAAAAGGACUAAGAUAUAUUGAUAUAGCCAGUCUUAUCAUUGUCACUGGGGUAAUAUGUUAAAAAGGAAUAUAUUUUAUGUUGUUUUAAGAUCUUUAUUUGUCAUUCUGUUUAAUUUACUUGUUUAUUUUCUGUGUAAUCAUGGUUUUCAGACAGCGCAGAGUGCAAUGGAGGUUCCUCCCCUUUUAACCAGAGACUGUAUUUUAGAACACAGAAACCAGACUGUACUUUAGAACACAGAAACCAGACUGUACUUUAGAACACAGAAACCAGACUGUACUUUAGAACACAGAAACCAGACUGUACUUUAGAACACAGAACCCAGACUGUACUUUAGAACACAGAACCCAGACUGUACUUUAGAACACAGAACCCAGACUGUACUUUAGAACACAGAAACCAGACUGUACUUUAGAACACAGAAACCAGACUGUACUUUAGAACACAGAACCCAGACUGUACUUUAGAACACAGAACCCAGACUGUACUUUAGAACACAGAAACCAGACUGUACUUUAGAACACAGAAACCAGACUGUACUUUAGAACACAGAAACCAGACUGUACUUUAGAACACAGAAACCAGACUGUACUUUAGAACACAGAAACCAGACUGUACUUUAGAACACAGAACCCAGACUGUACUUUAGAACACAGAACCCAGACUGUACUUUAGAACACAGAACCCAGACUGUACUUUAGAACACAGAAACCAGACUGUACUUUAGAACACAGAAACCAGACUGUACUUUAGAACACAGAAACCAGACUGUACUUUAGAACACAGAAACCAGACUGUACUUUAGAACACAGAAACCAGACUGUACUUUAGAACACAGAAACCAGACUGUACUUUAGAACACAGAAACCAGACUGUACUUUAGAACACAGAAACCAGACUGUACUUUAGAACACAGAAACCAGACUGUACUUUAAAACACAGAACCCAGACUGUACUUUAGAACACAGAACCCAGAGACUGUACUUUAGAACACAGAACCCAGAGACUGUACUUUAGAACACAGAACCCAGAGACUGUACUUUAGAACACAGAACCCAGAGACUGUACUUUAGAACACAGAACCCAGAGACUGUACUUUAGAACACAGAACCCAGAGACUGUACUUUAGAACACAGAACCCAGAGACUGUACUUUAGAACACAGAAACCAGAGACUGUACUUUAGAACACAGAAACCAGAGACUGUACUUUAGAACACAGAAACCAGAGACUGUACUUUAGAACACAGAAACCAGAGACUGUACUUUAGAACACAGAAACCAGAGACUGUACUUUAGAACACAGAAACCAGAGACUGUACUUUAGAACACAGAAACCAGAGACUGUACUUUAGAACACAGGAGAAAUGCAUGCUGAUAUUAUGUCUGGAAUCAUUGUCAGACUGUUUUAAGUGGGUAUUAUUAAUGUCAGGUUUAUGACGAGGGUACUGACUCUAAUAAUGGUGGUCAUGCCAUCAUGGGCUUAACGCCAUAGUUUUGAUUUGUUUCUUCUCUGUUCUUGUCUUCAGUAUGAUUAAGGCUGUAGGUGUUAAGUCUAUUUUAUGUCGGUAAGAAGAGAAAGACACUUUAAUAUUAAGAGUAGGACAUUUUUUAAUCGACAACAUGCAAUAUUUUCAAUAAAUAGUAUUUAUUUAAAACAUG